AUGUCGCUGGAGGACGACCUUAAGACCACCGGAUCGGCGAACGUCUCUGAAACCACCAGAUCAGAGGUGAUCUCUGUCGAAGAUGCAAACAUACUUGAUGUGUUUGUCCCCAGGGUGCAGCAAACAUUUGAUACAAAAGAAGAAGCCUACCUCUUUUACCUUGACUAUGCAAAAUUGGCUGGUUUUAGUGUCAGGACAAAAAGGACUAGUAAAGAAACCAGACACUGGGUUUGCAACCGUGAGGGGUUUCUGAAGCCAGGUCAAGAGAAUGAGGAGCCUAUGACAAAUAAGACAUCGAUGAGAAUUGGUUGCCCUGCUUAUGUGAAGGUGAAGGAGGACAAGAAGCGCAAUAUUUGGUAUUUUCAUCAUGUUCAGGAAGCACACAAUCACAAACUUGAACCCUCACCAAGGAUGGUGAGAUAUAUGCAUUCUCAUAAGCAGAGGGAGGCAGCGUUGGAUGACCUGUUUGCAAUCAUGUCAAAGAGUGGUGUGCCAACACAGGCAGCAAUGAAUGUAAUGUCAGAAUUAUUUGGAGGCCGUCAAAACUGGCCGUUCACAGAGAAAGAUGUCCAUAACAAGAAAGCUGAGCAAGCAAGGGAGGAGAGGGAUGGUGACAUGGAUAAACUGUUCCAAUUUUUCAGGGAGUGCAAAGAACACAAUGAAUACUUUUACUGGGAUGUGGAUUUUGAACAAAAAACAAAUCAAUAA